ACUAGCGAGAUCGUUUUAUCUCCCGUAAAGGGCUAUGGGCUGCUAUGGGUUUCGCGACGAGGGGGGCAGGGCAACGUAGAACAAGGAAAUGACAUAGGUAUUAUCGAUUCGCUAGAGCUCACGACUCACGAGUUAACGGUUUGUUUACACGAGCGUGGGGGAAAGUGCGCAUGCGCGGCAGAACCAAAACAAUAAUAAGAGAGUAGAAGGUUCGUGGCUGGCGGACGAGCGGUCGCUCAGCUUUGGGCGUACGAACUCUCUCGUAUCUUAAUUCAUGUGUGUAUAUGUGUGUGCGUGCGCGCGUGUGUGUGCGUAUGUUGUGUAUAAGCAAACCAGAGGAAGGAACGUUAAACUCGUACCUUUUCGAAACGAUCAGUGAAAACUCGUAACAGCGUUCCUCGAUUCUCCACGCGAUACGUGGAGCCAGGCUUGCGUCAAAACGUUUCUCGUUGUGCAACGUGUCUUUCGGCUUGAAUAACAAUAUGAUUAAGAAACGACGUUGUUAGAGGAACGCUGGAUCGAACAUCGAAGACUCGAGGAAAACAAAGUGGAAAAGUGCGGACGUCGCCGCUCCGAACUGUCUCGCGUGUGUUGUUGAUUCGAUUCAACGAAGAAGAAUCGACGAGUGUUGUACAUAGGAAAAGUUGAUCGUUCGACAUUCGAGAAAAGGAGAGGUCCGCGAGAGGGGGAAGGAUACAUCGUGCGUAUUUACCCAGUGAAUCACGCGUUCUAUGCGAUUACGAGACACGACGGGCUGCUACAGGCCAUCUAUGUUUAUACCAACGUUUCGGAAUACGUUUGUAAACAUUCACCGAACGGAGAGAGUCAGAGAAACCCCAGCACGCCGGUUGAUCGGUUUACCUGUCGAUCUGCGCGAGAUACGACGAUACGAACGUUAAGCUGUGCGAUACGAGAACGAGGAGAGUGAAGUUGCGUGUGCCAGCCGUGAGAGUUACGUGUGUAACUGGAAAAAAGAAAGAGCGAGGAGCCGAAAGAAAGAGAGAGGGCGAUAACACGUUGUCCCGUAGAGCAGAGCUUUAUUGUGAACCUUAUUCGAGCUUUCUCGCCUGUCGCAGACGUGGAGGUGUAAACACGUUCCUGGCACUGUCCUUCCAUCCUUUGGUACCUGAAAAACGGGGGAAAGUAACAUGCCAAGCGCCGAGGAGACCACGUAUUUAAUAGAAGUGAUGCCAGACACCACGCAGGACUUCCUCUCGCGCGACGUGGACCUCCUCGUCUCGCAGAUCAAAGAGAACCUGCGGUUGUCCAGCCUGAAGGCCAAGUCGAGCAUCAACAACAAAAAUCGACCUUCGCCCUAUCAAAUACCGUCGAGGUCGUGGGCAGACCCGAACAGUUGCGAGGUUUACGCGAGAAACACCGGUGUCCACGACCAUCGUCAUCAUCUAAGUCAUCACCACAAAAGACCCAACGCCAGGGAGGACGAUCCUUACGCGCUCCUGCAGGAGUUGCUCAGGGAAGGCGGACUGAUCAAGGAGGCUGUGAAGAGACUCCGGGCGAACCUGGACGAGCUCGAGAAUUCCGAAGAGGAGGACGAACCCGUGUAUCGAAGGAAACCGUACUUGUACGACUCCGAGGAUGAACAGUUGCAGCCAGUGUACGAGCUGUGAAAAUGAGUCCAACUGUAACGGAUUAAUUCUCGGUACGGAUCAGGCUCGAGACUCUCUGUUAGAUCUUGCUCGAUGUAAGCGUGUCCAAGUGUCGUGGGCUGCAUCGAAACAAAGUGCCGUGGGGUAAACGUAAUUAGCCGACAACUCACCUUACAUGGCCGUGUUUGUAAAUACGAUGAUACGUUGUUAUUCGAGGCAUCUAGCGACCGGCUUCGGCCGACUUCGGCCGCGAUCGCCGACCUAUCGACGAUCCGCGAAGCCUACGUGGAAGCCUGCGAAUUAUGGCUGCCCGUGGUUGCCUCGAUUCGAGAUAUUGGACUCGAUCUACGCGACAACGUUCCUCGUUUCCUCCGUUCAAACUUAUCCCUCCCUUUAAAUAGAAAUAGUUCCUGAGUGCUGCUCGCGUCUACGGUAACAGACGAGUUUCCAACGAUCGACUCACGACAUUUCAACAAAAGAAUCAUCCGUAACAGUGUUCGCUCAUCGGUUUUCUUUACAGCUUUCUAUUUAUGUCAUAUUUUCAAAGUUACGCAAGUGAUACGCAUGCCAGUAGCUAUUCGAAUAAACGAAACGUUAUCAGCCGUUGGGUCGUAGCAUAACAAACGAUAAGACGGUGAUCUAACCGUACAUCUAAAUGCGAACUCAUCUGUUACCUCUGUUAUACGAUUAUAGGUUCUGUAAUAACGUCGAGUACGAAUAUUAACCCUUUGGACUCGACGACGGUUUCAUUACAAAGAGGUUUAACGAUUCGUACAACUAAACCCUUUUAGCAUGAUCGGAGAGUACUACAAAGUGUACCAGUUCGAGUCAUAAACAAGAUAAACAAAGAAUGUCGCUUCCGAGUCGUCCAUCGAGUCCAAAGGGUUACAAAUCCUAUAGGGUGUCGUUAAAAAUUUCGCUCGAGACUGUCCAGUUAACUACUAGAGAAAUAAUAAGCAAAUCGUGGGAGAAAUGAGAAUCAAUCAACGAAACGGAACGCCUUUACGCGCAGAAGCAUCGCGACUCGAAGGGUAGUGAUCUCGUUUACUUGUUUCAUUGCGCACAACGACCGAGUCACUCGGUGGCGGUGGCAAACAGCAAUAUUCGUUGGUUGAGUUGUAUUCGAUUAUGGUCUAGCGAAUCGCCUUUCGUACAACUUUUCAAGUAUUUAGCAAACUUUGUUGAACAGACAACGCAUCGGUUUUGUUGUCGAGACAAAAGUACGCGAGCAACGCGAAUGUAUUAUCACGACGAUGAGUAGGUUUACAUUCGCUCUGCAUAUUUAGUACAUAGUUAUUUAUCACUAUCGAUUGUUAGCGACGUAACAAAUGCUGUACGCGCGUGUAAAUUUGUUGUGUACGAGGCGAGUAACUUUAAUUAUCGGACACUUUACAGUUUUUCCUUUGUCGUUUUAUAGAAAUUUCUCUGCAAUCAUCUGUAAAAUGAUUAAGGUACUUAUAGUAUUGAAACUUUAAGUCCAGCUAAGAAAAGGAUCGAGUUUAAUUAUGAAUUGAAUGUAUUUAUACUUAAUAUACAUAUAGUUUAGUAGUAAUGCAAUACAUAUCUGAAUCGAUUUAUUUUUCAUCCUAAACAAAGUAAAAAUUGUAAGGUGUCUGAAUAUUAAAGUUAUUCGUUGUACAUUGUAUGGCACAUGCGUGCUGGUCUAGCGGUAUUACUAUACCGCUAUAGUAUGAUUCAUUCGCGAUAUGGAACUUGAAGACACGACGCUGUAAUCAAUUUCCAAGUGGCACUGCAAGUUGUGUGAAACGGUUGUAUACAGUGUCGAACAUAGGUUGCAUUCGAAAACGCGAUCGUUCACUGAGCCGUUCCGUGAGCGGCUGAGUUCAACAAUUUUUUCGCUCUGUGCAGCUGUUGGCUGCUACCUGGGAGCGGUCACCAUGCUUGAGAGCGAGAAAUUUUUAGGCUCACUAAGCCGCCUCUGUGAGCGCUCACAGAGCGGUUCACAAUCGGUGAGUGGUGGCCUCUUGGAUGCAACUGUACAUAUUUCCAAUGACAGAUCUAGACGUUGCUUAACUCAUGUAUUAUACAUGACGAAUAAUAUUUAUCCUUCCGUUAUUCUCUUUACGAAGUAUUAAAAAAUGUAGAGACUCGAACACGAAGGUUGAGAGCUACGGAAACGUUACUAGUUAGAGAAACCUUGCAUAUAUUUCAUUUCAUUCAUGGAAGAUAAAAUUAAAAACAAAAAAAUUAGCAAGUUCAUACGGACUACGCCAUUUUUCGGGGAUAAAAGUGUUUUGUCCUCUAUGCUUUUGAAUAGUAACGAAAGUAAGCUGACUUUUUAUUUAUCUCAAAGAGAUACAAAUAUUCAGCGUUGGUUGGCACAGACUGAUUCUCAAAAUCAAAUCGAUAGUUUUGUUCCAAGAAUCGUUCUGUAUCAACGCUUAUGUCCGGCACUGUAAAUACACGCGUUAUCAAAAUCCACAAGCGAGAUAAACUAGCGAUCAACGCGUCAUGCAACUCCUGUAAUCGCGUUGGUUUAAAUGUCCGUUCCGGUGAACAUGUGAUUACGCGUAUGAAUGAGGAGUUAGCGCAUUUUUUUUUCAAUGCUGGGUGAUUGCAUAGAAAGAGUGAGAGAUUUGUCUUUAAAUUUACCGUUAUAGUGUAAAUUAAGAAAGCUAUACCUCGUUGUGAUGAUCGGAUUUUAUAUCCGACGAACCUUAAUUACGAAUAAAGAAAUUAAAAAUUGUA